CUGUCAUCGUGAAUAAACAAAUGGUAAAUGAAAAGCCAUGGGACGUCAAACACACGUCAACAAAAUAGUCGAGCUCAACGACGAAAGUAGCAGCGGAUGUAAACAAGGGAUAAUUUUGUGCUAUUUUUCUCCAAUCCUUGACGAAAAACAAUUUUCACAAUGAUUAAACAGCCAGUUCUAGCCGAGCUGCAGUAUUUUGUCAACAGCGUCUCGCUGUUGUAUAAAGGCAUUCCUCUGAAAGAUCCGAGCGCGCUUGUCAAAUGCAGUCUCCACCUGCUGGAGGAUCUACCAUCGACUCGAGAUGCUGUGUUCGAGUACUUUUCGCUAGUGUUCAAUGGUGCUGUGAAGGCAUACCUUAUUGGUGUGGAGAAAAAUAAUCCGGACGCUUCGCAAGAUGACGAUGCAAUACAGGAGAUUCACGAAGCCCUGGAACGAUUGGUAAUGAACGGACCACCAGCAUGGCCUCCACUUGUAUCGUCCUGGUGUCUGUGCUUGCUGGGAGAAAUUUGCGACAAAAACAGUCGUCGCCGACCACUGGACAUUCGAAUGUCCUGCAACCUGUGGCUCGGGUGCAAUACAAUUCGGUGUCUGCUAGGGCUAACAGCUCUCUGCUUCAGCAAGCUAGACGACCAGGAAGUGGACGUUUGCAUUGCGGGACUGCUCAACACUUUCGCUCAACAUUCGCCUUACUUUGACUGGGUGGUGGCUCGUCUGGGAGGUUGCUUCCCCUCGAAGGUUAUUUCGAAGAUGCUUUCGUGCGGCUUGAAGCGGUUCACCGGAGAAUACGAUCAGGUAGAUUCGGAGGUGGAAGUGUUGAGCUAUUUGGCGGUCUCGAACGAGAACCAUUUGAAACAAGCGAUGAAGGAGAUAAUAGAGAGGGAGACGUGUAACAAGCUAACGAUCCCGUAUUUGCUACAUCUAUCAAAGAACUCCGAAAUGCUUGCACAAUCCCUAGCAGCAGUAUUUUUGGAUAAUUACACCGAUUCACACCUGCAACUGAUUCGAGUUCAAUCCAAAUUCUGGUCAAACAAUUACAGCGCCGCAAACGUCGUUCAUAUUGUAACUGGUUUACUGCUGAAAAUCAAAAAACGCUCCAUUCAGGUCCUGCUAACUCUUCCGCGAAUAGCGGAAAAGUACCCUUGGUGCCAAGAACUACUAGAGAUGAUAUUUGUUGAGCUGGAAGCGAUCGUUUUGGAGAAACAUUCCUGUCCUCUACUAGACGAAGCCUCAAAAGAACCCUCCAAAGAGCUACUGUGGCAAUCGUGCCUCAGCAUGUACGCGUUAGUGCAGCAAAGUGCCGUCCGUCUAAUACUGCUGGCCAGUCUAAAGUCGUCCUAUUUUCUGCAGCAGUCCGUCGCCCAAAUGAUGGCCGCCACUUCUGGGAGCGUAGCGAGUCCAAGCAAGCCACAUUUGAAUGCAUUGGUGCGACUGUUGGGUGGACCAUACGGGACUCCAGAGUUGCCAAAAAUAAAACCCGGAUUCGAAAUUGCGCUGGAAAAAAUGCUGCUCAAUCCGGGCAGGAAUCAGGACAAUUAUAACGUUUUGCGAAAUUUGGUGGAGAUUGUGAAACUCGAACGCGAUUCGUUCAAUGUUCACCUCAAGAAGACGAACUGCGUGGGAGUGCUGCACGAGCUUCUUGGGAAACUGCUGGCCAUCUGGGAAAUGUUGAUAGAUAAGGAGAAGAGUGUCUUGUUUGAACAACAUCGAAAGCCAGCUGUGGUUCUAGCCGACAAUAAGCUCGAAAUCAAACGUAUCAAACGGGAAGACGGUGGGACGCUAUCCGCAGACACGGGUGAUCCCGCAACUGUCUUCGAUCAAAUUCACAUGAUGGCCAAACUUAUCGAUUAUAUGGAACUGCACGUCAAGAAUUUUGUUCUCAACAUGUCGGAAACCUUGAAACUCUCACAUCUGACAGUGAAAUAUUUCUUCCUGUGUUUGCAGCAAGCACACGCCGGAGGGAACCUUACCUCGGAGGAUGACGCCCACUUGCACCGAUGUUACCAGCUUCUAUCGAGACACUGUUCCACCAGGAAGGCAGCACGAACAGCUGCCCUGCGAGAUAUUUUAGAGGGGGCCCUCUUCAUGUAUGGCAAUCUCUUUGGCUCGCAAACGGAACCCGAAACCGACAGUGCCAGACGAUCAGAUGAUCUGCUGAUAAGGCUCAACCAAAAGCAGGGAAUUGCAAUGAAUGCUUCACGGGCAACGGUACUACAUGCCGGUAUCAUCGGCCAGGGGCCGAAACAACCUGUGCGGACAGCCGAAGGGCCCGAGUGGGAGAUGCAGAACCGACUGAUCAGCGCCAUCGUGGCCUGCUGCCAGGACUCGGAACAACAAAACACAAUCGAUGGAUUCAGCUAUGUCUCGUUGUUGCUGGUGGAGCUAGUAUCGCCUGACGUUAUGUACAAUGGAUUGCCCUGGCCGGAGGAGGAGUUCACCAAGGUGACGAUGGAGCGUGAUUUACAAAUCCGACGAAUGUUCCGGGACUGUCCCAUCCUGUGGUCCAUACUGGGUUUGAUUGCCGCCUACCGACCGGCACUUUGCUACAGCUCGGUGCUAUUGCGAGCGUUGUGCGCCUCGUCCCUACACCAGUGGCGCUCCAAAUCCGCCGAAACGAUGAACGGACAGAAGACCGAACUGAUGUACGUUACGACAAAGCUGUUGGAGCUGCUGGCUCUCGGUCAGCUGCUUCCUCCACCCCUAAGCUACCUGCAUAUAGUGCUGCCAUAUUUGGAUGCUACCGAGGUUGUCUACGUCCUGAAGGAAUGUGUUUGGAACUACAUGAAGGAUCACGUGCCCUCGCCGGUGCUGUUCGUGUGCGACCCAACCGGCUUCCAUUGGCGCGAUCCUCAAACGUCUCGGCCUCCGCCACAGUACACGAACCCACUGCGCAACACGAUGCAGAAGAAGCUCCCCAAAGUUGGCCAUCUGUACAAUCAAAUGUUUGUCGUUCCCGAGCUGCGCAACCCAACCGCAUCGACAACCACAACUGUGAUGGUAAACGGGAUCGGUGGUGGCCUAUCGGCACCCGCCGCCACUACCAACGGGAACGGACCCAUCGGGCCUGGGCCUGUCAACGGGAACGGUCAUCACCUGGCGAUGGUAAUGAACAAUAACAACGCAGCCGCACCCGUUGUGUUGGGGCCGAUCGUAACGCUCGACUAGCAACAGUUCGAUUCGUUUUUUUUGUAAGAUUGUAGAUAGGCAAAAAUUUCACAGCACAUUUAAAGAUGAGAGUGCGAGAUUCACGGUUCGGAAGAAUAAAAUUUGACU